UUUGCAAAAGAAAAAAGCUACUUCUCGGACUUGUUAAAUUAACCUCCUCUCUCUAUCAAAUCCCAAAAUCAUCUCUUUUGGGUUUCUAGGGUUAAGGCACCGAUCUGAACGAUGUCGUCAGAGAGGAAGAUAACACUGAAAAGCUCGGACGGCGAGACGUUCGAGGUGGACGAGGCGGUGGCCUUGGAGUCUCAGACGAUAAAGCACAUGGUCGAGGACGAUUGUGCGGACAAUGGGAUCCCACUUCCCAACGUCACCAGCAAGAUCUUGGCCAAGGUCAUCGAGUACUGCAAGAAGCACGUCGACGCUGCUAAGCCCGACGACCGCCCUUCCAACGAUGAGGACCUCAAGGCCUGGGACACCGACUUUGUCAAGAUCGACCAGGCCACCCUCUUCGAUCUCAUACUGGCUGCAAACUAUUUGAACAUAAAGAGCUUGCUGGACCUGACUUGCCAAACGGUGGCGGACAUGAUCAAGGGCAAAACACCUGAGGAGAUUCGCAAGACGUUCAACAUUAAGAACGACUUUACGCCCGAGGAAGAGGAGGAGGUCCGCAGGGAGAACCAAUGGGCUUUUGAGUGAAGACCUAGAGAUGAAGAAACCUGUUUUUGUGGUUUGUUGCUCUUUUUGAGCUAGUGGCUGUGGAAUGCUGUUUCUAUCUAUUAUCUGAAAAUUUUCUUUACUUAGUGAAGUACUUUUGUUUGGAUAUUUGUUCUUCUGCAGAUGACAAUCAUUUUCUUCCACCUUACCCCCUGCUCUUCUAGAUCUACAAACUGUGAUGUUUUCUGGUUCUCUUUUGUUAUAUGUUAAUAUGGUAAAAAUGUGCUUCUUAUUA